AUGGGAUGCUCAAGAGGGGGAAUUGUAGGAAGAUGCAGGAACGACCACAUGCAAUCACAAAUUGAUUAAAGUUGGACAAUUCAAUAAAAUUCUUGAAAAACGAAUAGGUUGCUAGACAGAGAAGGAUAUUAAAAACAGCUGCUAGUUUGUCAGGAAAAAUAUGAAAUUCUAUGGGAGCUUGUGUGACACACACACACACAGUGGACAGAGGCUGAGAGCACUGUGAGUUUAGGAUAUGUGAACUGGCUCAUUGACACUGAAGAGAGGUGGAGUUGCUGUGCUCCCCCCCCCCCCCCCCCCCCCCAGCAGUGACACUCUCUCCGCCAUGGCCUCCUGUAUCACUGCCCACAAGGGCUGGUUUGGUGAGAGGGGGGUUCACCAGGGGGUUGGGCUGGACAUCCUCUUCAGUGGCAGGGACUUUGACACACCAGAUCUGUACUCCCCAAAUGACACUAAACAACCUCAGGAGGCCAAGUCACAUUAUGCCUGUCCCAGGGCCCCCCAGAGGUCCCUGCAUGGCUGGGGCACAUACAGCCCCCCUCCACAGAGAUUCAGCCCCAGCACUGAGAGCAGAGGGGGGGCAUCCUCUUCUGCCAGGCCUGUCUCCCUCAACCAGUGCCAGGGCUACCACGCCCACACCCUGCCCCUGCCCCGCAGAGCCCUGGCUGUCUUCAGACCCAGUGUCUACAGCAGCCCUCAGGGAUAUAAGACUACCACAGUGGACAAACCUCCCAUGCUUAGAGCCACUAUCAGAUCCCGCCCCUCGGACCCUAACCAGUCUGGCCGACAGCAGAGCCAGCACCAGAGCCAGGACCCGCACCAGAGUCAGCCUUUCCAGCACCAGCAGCAGCCCAGACCAAACCAGCAGCAGCACCAGCCAAGCCUCAGCCCCAAGCUUCUCUACCAGCCAAGCCUAAGCCCCAAGCUUCUCUACCAACCAAGCCUUCGUCCCAAGCCGGUCUACCAGCCAAGCCUCAGUCCCACUCUUCCUGUCUAUAGGAGACUCACAACCUGGCAGCACAAGGACAACACCAACACAGACGGCAACACCAUCAAGACCAACAACAGCUCUCACAGUAACAGUAUCAAGAGAGAGGUGGACAUAACGUCCCAGAACGUGUUUGGUCAGCCACGUGUCCUGGCCUCGCUGCGGGGACCUCCCUCUCCGCGACAGACCCGCAAGACAACAAAUCUAGAGGAGGAGCUGAGGAGGCUCAUCAUAAUGGACAACACAUCAGAGGACUCAGGGAGGGAUGCAUACUGCCGUCAUAGCCUCUCUACAGAGAUCAGUCUAGGCAGUGGUCCCAUGGACUAUAGUCUGGCCUGUUCCCCAGUGACUGACUGCUCAGAGUUGGCAGGGCUGGAGGACCUGUCUGCCUCUGAGCUGUCCCUGACAGAGGGCUGGGACUCUGGGCACAUCCCCCUACCGGACCCUGCAGGGAGCCUGAAGUGGAGCAACCUGGUCAACACUGCCAAGGCCUAUGAGGCACAGAGGACAGUGGAGCCCAUUCCCCCCAGUAAGCCCAUGAAGCAUGGAUCAAAGGGUGGACCCACGGCUUGCACACCCAAUUACUACCCUCCUCAGGACUACAAUUUCCAGCCUGCAAUAAGAAGUGAAGUGCCCAGUGAUCUGUCUGAUAGACUUCACGACCUGGAGGUGCUGCUGAGACACUUGGAGAGCAACCUGGAGAAGGAGAAGCAGGACAGGAUAGCCCUGAUGGGGGAAGUGACGAUUCUGAGGGAGACCAACCAGCGCCUGUGGGAGGAGUCUCUUUCAUCCAAUGAAAAGCUCUGUAAACUCAGCCUGUUGUUCAACGUGGCCCCAGGAAUGGUGCCUAGAGAGAGAGAAUGACCAACAACACUAAGAGGAGAGAGGGAUAACUUGAACAGAGGGGUGGAGGACUGUCUGCAAAAUGUGAUCAGAGAACGAGGAUAUAUGAACUUAGCAAAAAAAGAAACGUCCUCUUACUGUCAACUGUGUUUAUUUUCAGAAAAAUUAACGUGUAAAUAUUUGUAUGAACAUAACAUGAUUCAACAACUGAGACAUAAACUGAACAAGUUCCACAGACAUGUGACUAACAGAAAUUGAAUAAUGUGUCCUUGAACAAAGGGGGGGGUCAAAAUCAAAAGUAAGUCAGUAUCUGGUGUGGCCACCAGCUGCAUUAAGUACUGCAGUGCAUCUCCUCCUCAUGGACUGCACCAGAUUUGACAGUUCUUGUUUCGAGACGUUACCACACUCUUCCACCAAGGCACUGCAAGUUCCCGAACAUUUCUGAGGGUAAUGACCCUCGCCCUCACCCUCCAAUCCAACAGGUCCCAGACGUGCUCAAUGGGAUUGAGAUCCGUGCUCGUCGCUGGCCAUGGCAGAACACUGACAUUCCUGUCUUGCAAGAAAUCACGCAUUGUCAUGCUGGAGGGUCAUGUCAGGGUGAGCUUGCAGGAAGGGUACCACAGGAGGGAGGAGGAUGUUUUCCCUGUAACGCACAGCGUUGAGAUUGCCUGCAAUGACAAAAUCUCUGUCCGAUGACGCUGUGACACACCGCCCCCAGACCAUGACGGACCCUCCACCUACAAAUCGAUCCCUCUCCAGAGUACCGGCUUCGAUGUAAAGCUCAUUCCUUCGACGAUAAAUGCGAAUCCAACCAUCAACCCUGGUGAGACAAACCGUGACUCGUCAGUGAAGAGCACUUUUUGCCAGUCCUGUCUGGUCCAGCGAUGGUGGGUUUGUGCCAAUAGGCGAUAUUGUUGCUGGUGAUGUCUGGUGAGGACCUGCCUUACAACAGGCCUACAAGCCCUCAGUCCAGCCUCUCUCAGCCUAUUGCGGACAGUCUGAGCACUGAUGGAGGUAUUGUGCGUUCCUGGUGUAACUCGGGCAGUUGUUGUUGCCAUCCUGUACCUGUCCCACAGGUGUGAGGUUCGGAUAUACCGAUCCUGUGCAGGUGUUUUUACACGUGGUCUGCCACUGCGAGGAUGAUCAGCUGUCCGUCCUGUCUCCCUGUAGCGCUGUCUUAGGCGUCUCACAGUACGGACAUUGCAAUUUAUUUCCCUGGCCACAUCUGCAGUCCUCAUGCCUCCUUGCAGCAUGCCUAAGGCACGUUCACGCAGAUGAGCAGGGAUCCUGGGCAUCUUUCUUUUGGUGUUUUUCAGAGAAAGGCCUCUUUAGUGUCCUACGUUUUCAUAACUGUGACCUUAAUUGGCUACCGUCUGUAAGCUGUUAGUGUCUUAACGACCGUUCCACAGGUGCAUGUUCAUUAAUUGUUUAUGGUUCAUUGAACAAGCUUGGGAAACAGUGUUUAAACGCUCUACAAUGAAGAUCUGUGAAGUUAUUUGAAUUUUUUUAAUUAGCUUUGAAAGACAGGGUCCUGAAAAAGGGCUGUUUCUUUUUUUGCUGAGUUUAUAUACAAAUAUAUAUAUACAGGGGCCUCCCGGGUGGCGCAGUGGUCUAGGGCACUGCAUCGCAGUGUUAACUGCGCCACCAGAGUCUCUGGGUUCGCCCCCAGACUCUGUCGCAGCCGGCCGUGACCGGGAGGUCCGUGGGGCGACGCACAAUUGGGCUAGCGUCGUCCGGGUUAGGGAGGGUUUGGCCGGUAGGGAUUUCCUUGUCUCAUGCGCUCCAGCGACUCCUGUGGCGGGCUGGGCGCAGUGCGCGCUAACCAAGGGGGCCAGGUGCACAGUGUUUCCUCCGACACAUUGGUGCGGCUGGCUUCCGGGUUGGAGGCGCGCUGUGUUAAAGAAGCAGUGCGGCUUGGUUGGGUUGUGCCUCGGAGGACGCAUGGCUUUCGACCUUCGUCUCUCCCGAGCCCGUAUGGGAGUUGUAGCGAUGAGACAAGAUAGUAAUUACUAGCGAUUGGAUACCACGAAAAUUGGGGAGAAAAGGGGAUAAAAAAAAGAAUAAAAAAAUAAAAAAAAUAAAAAAAUAUAUAUAUAUACAGUACCAGUCAAAAGUUUGGACACACCUACUCUUUUCAGGGUUUUUCUUUAUUUUUACUAUUUUCUACAUCGUAGAAUAAUAGUGAAGACAUCAGAACUAUGAAUAACACAUAUGGAAUAAUGUAGUAACUAAAAAAGUGUUAAACUAAUCAAAAUAUACACUGCUCAAAAAAAUAAAGGGAACACUUAAACAACACAAUGUAACUCCAAGUCAAUCACACUUCUGUGAAAUCAAACUGUCCACUUAGGAAGCAACACUGAUUGACAAUAAAUUUCACAUGCUGUUGUGCAAAUGGAAUAGACAAAAGGUGGAAAUUAUAGGCAAUUAGCAAGACACCCCCAAAAAAGGAGUGAUUCUGCAGGUGGUGACCACAGACCACUUCUCAGUUCCUAUGCUUCCUGGCUGAUGUUUUGGUCACUUUUGAAUGCUGGCGGUGCUCUCACUCUAGUGGUAGCAUGAGACGGAGUCUACAACCCACACAAGUGGCUCAGGUAGUGCAGUUCAUCCAGGAUGGCACAUCAAUGCGAGCUGUGGCAAAAAGGUUUGCUGUGUCUGUCAGCGUAGUGUCCAGAGCAUGGAGGCGCUACCAGGAGACAGGCCAGUACAUCAGGAGACGUGGAGGAGGCCGUAGGAGGGCAACAACCCAGCAGCAGGACCGCUACCUCCACCUUUGUGCAAGGAGGUGCACAUUUGUGGCCUGCUGGAGGUCCUUUUGCAGGGCGCUGGCAGUGCACCUCCUUGCACAAAGGCGGAGGUAGCGGUCCUGCUGCUGGGUUGUUGCCCUCCUACGGCCUCCUCCACGUCUCCUGAUGUACUGGCCUGUCUCCUGGUAGCGCCUCCAUGCUCUGGACACUACGCUGACAGACACAGCAAACCUUUUUGCCACAGCUCGCAUUGAUGUGCCAUCCUGGAUGAACUGCACUACCUGAGCCACUUGUGUGGGUUGUAGACUCCGUCUCAUGCUACCACUAGAGUGAGAGCACCGCCAGCAUUCAAAAGUGACCAAAACAUCAGCCAGGAAGCAUAGGAACUGAGAAGUGGUCUGUGGUCACCACCUGCAGAAUCACUCCUGUUUUGGGGGGUGUCUUGCUAAUUGCCUAUAAUUUCCACCUUUUGUCUAUUCCAUUUGCACAACAGCAUGUGAAAUUUAUUGUCAAUCAGUGUUGCUUCCUAAGUGGACAGUUUGAUUUCACAGAAGUGUGAUUGACUUGGAGUUACAUUGUGUUGUUUAAGUGUUCUCUUUAUUUUUUUGAGCAGUGUAUUUUAUACUUGAGAAUCUUCAAAGUAGCUACCCUUUGCCUUGAUGACAGCUUUGCACACUCUUGGUAUUCUCUCAACCAGCUUCACCUGGUGACUACCAAAUUGAAUUACCAGCACUGUGAAUAUACUUUUAUCUGAGAUGCCCAAAGUCAAGUAAUAAUAACUUCUCAAAGACUACUAAGUAUACUUAGUUUGAGGGCACAGUGGCCUUGACUUUAGAUUAUGAAAAACUGAGUUAUAACAAUGUGAUUUUUACAAAGAAUUAAUGUUAAUAAUCUAAAAUACUAUAUUGUGGGGUAUUUAAAAUAAAUGUUAACUCGUCUCAAAUAACUCAACAAAGUAGUAAUAACAAUUUAAGAACUUUUAUUUACAGACCAUACACUAUAUGACCAAAAGUAUGUGGACACCCCUUCAAAUGAGUGGAUUCGGCUAUUUCGGCCACACCCAUUGCUGACAGGUGUAUAAAAUCGAGCACACAGCCAUGCAAUCUCCAUAGACAAACAUUGGCAGAAUGGCCCCUACUGAAGAUCUCAGUGACUUUCAACGUGGCACCGUCAUAGGAUGUCACCUUUCCACAAAGUCAGUUUGUAAAAUUUCUGCCCUGCUAGAGCCCUUGUCAACUGUAAGUGCUGUUUUUGUGAAGUUGAAAUGUCUUGGCACAACAACGACUCAGCUGCGAAGUAGUAGGCCACACAAGCUCACAGAAUGGGACCGCUGAGUGCUGAAGCGCGUAAAAAUCGUCUCUCCUCGGGUGGUUUGUUGAGAUCAGUGUGGAAGAACUUGACUGGCCUGCGCAGAGCCCUGACCUCAACCCCAUCGAACACCUUUGGGAUGCUCUAGUGGCUGAAUGGAAGCAAGUCCCUGCAGCAAUAUUCCAACAUCUAGAGGAAAGCCUUCCCAGAAGACUGGAGGUUGUUAUAGCAGCAAAGGGGGACCAACUCCAUAUUCAUUCCCAUGAUUUUGGAAUUAGAUAUUUGACGAACAGGUGUCCACAGACUUUUGGUCAUAUAGUGUAUUCACAUCAGUAAAGAAAAACAUUCAAAUGCUUAAUGAAUUGUCCUUUCUCCGCUCAUAAUUACUUUAACUAUAUUGUCGGCUGUUUGCAGGUGGGGGACUGCAAAGUGAUACUAGAAUAGCUAACAUGUUAUUUUCAUUAAUUCUAGUAGAAAUGUAUGUCCUGGUAAUAUUACAUUUAAGGUGAAAUCCUGCAUCUUGAUUGUAAAUUCCUAUAUAAAGAAAAUGCUCUUGGCCCAAAUCAAUGCCAGUUACUAGAAUAGGUAACAUUACCACAUACUUUGUCCAUGUAGAGUAUAAACAUAUUUUGACACCAUGCAUAGAAACACUUCAGCAAACUUCAAUUCUCAAUUUGAAUAACUAAAUACAACAGUAAGACUUCAGUUCUUACCUGCCUGGUAAAAAAAUACUUUACACAAUGUGUAAUAUAGAAACACAGACCUAACACAUAUAUUCAUAAAUGCAAUGUGUAUAAAUAGGUAAUAAAUACAUCUCAGUCCAUGGUGCAA